GACGCCUGGGCGAAUCGUAUGCAAGCCCAGCUAGUAGCGGCUCGCUGGUUGGCUGUGGGUUUUGCGAGGCUGUCCAAUGGAAGGUUGCUGCCUUUUACGAACUGCAACAGAGUUGUAUCUGGAAAUCGAUCAACCAAAAAUACACAGGCCAGGCCGAGCAAAACAAGAGAAGGCGACAGGUACCGGACCCAGACAAGUGAAACGACCUGCAGAACCGGGUGCCGGGGCCGUGCAGCGGGCGGAGCCAGAUCAAUUGUGCAAUAGUAAAUGCACUAGGGAAGCCCAGCGUGGAGCCCAGCAUUCAGACAACCAUGGCUUCAUCCCAUGACCUCCGGGAGCAAAACCGCGUCCCCACCGAUAAACGGAAUGAGGGGGCUUCCUUGCCGCAGACUCGAAUCUUCGGCAGGGAGAUGGGGACGGGGGGGCUGCCUCGAGAGAACCGUGGGGGAAGGAGUGCACUGCAGGGGGAUCGUCCCUCAGCCUCGGGGGCGAAGGAGAACACUGUCCCCCAGUGUCCGGCAAGGGGCAGCAAAAUACCCGUCCUGGUAAAACCACACAGAGCCAAACCCCCAGCCAACUUCACCAAACUGCACCAGAACUGGGAGGCCAACUUCCAAAAGGGGAAAGCCCUCAAAAAGAAGCCGUGCACCCAGCCCAUGCCUUUUAACCUGACCCAAAAAGGUGCCAAGACCACAGUGGUAAUGGAAACUGACUUGAGACGGCAAGCCAAAGGAGCAUUGGACUCAAACACUGUGCUGCCACUUUCAAGGGUACAGAAGACUCCUGACAAAGACAAGACAGUUCACGACUUGACGAGGAACCCAGUUCAACCGAACCAUGAAGCCCACGAAACACUAUUGGCCACUAAUGUAGCACACAGUGAACAGCUGGUGCGGAUUAUAGCUGCCAGUCCUGAUGAAGCUGUUGCCACACACAGUAAUGCAGCACGUCGCGUGGCAGUAGCCUUUCACACAAACCCUGCCGGCAUGGAACAGAAUGGCUUGUCGCAGCACAACCAGCCACAGUCGAUUCCCUUCAGACUUGACCAGCUACCACAUGUGGCUUUGGAAACCACAAUAAACAGGAAUAAAGCUGCCCUGGCACCCCACACCCCCACACACUCCAGAAACCAGCCCCCCAGAGCGACUGUGGAGCCCAGAGGUGGCAUAGAACCAUGUUUCCCCAGGGAUCACAAAAGCAGUGCGCGCUGCAGUCAGGAUGUGAUUCCAGGUCUGGGGGAGGCAGCAGAGGGCUCCAGGGGACAGCCGUCUGCGUCGGAUGCCCCCAAGCCACUUGAGCACAACAGUCUAGAUUCUGCUGUUCCAGAUUCAGGAGAUCAGAACACGUCUCUGAAACAGAGACCCUCCCCGACACACCCUGCCCCCCCUCCUCAGAAAGCUGGCGCCGCGGUAAAGGAUGGCGAAGCUUCAGUGGAGGAUUUCGUCCCCGAUCCUGCAGCUCUGGCCAGUAUCCUGCAGAACCUGGGACUGAAACCAGGGGGCGCUGCGCCCAGCGGCUCGGCGUCUCGAGCACCCACACUGGGCAGGGGCUCGCUGUACCUGCCCCAGAGAGUAACUAUGUCUGUCCGAGCAAAAGGUUUCGAUCGGCACAUGACUCCCGGCCAGGCGAAUCAGAACUCCCAUCGGACCUCAGUGUGGACCCCGCAGAGAGUGCUGGACACCAGGCCCCAGUCCACGAGGAAGCUGUCGAGUAUGCAGAGACCCUGUGGCUUCAGAGGCACUCCAGUGCAGACUCCAUCCCAGCAGCGAAUGGCCUGGAUGAAUGCGGUGACGAACAAGCUGCGGAAUACUAAUGGAUCCCCUUGCAUGGAGCACGUGGCUAUGAGGCUCUUUGAGAAACCUGAAGAGGGGGACGGACCGCUGGACACGCAGGUGAACAGGGACAGAGACAAGAGCAAUACUCUUUCAUCACAUCCCCAGGGUCAGGAAGAAGAGGGAGCUAGCCGACCUCCGCAGGAGAGAGAAAGGGAGACGGCAGCUCCGGCCUUCUUCCAGUCUGUCAACAGGGAAUCCGUCAUAGUGUUCUCCCAGGGGAGGAGGGUCUGCAGGCAGGUGGAGGCUCAGGAAAGCGAGCAGGCUUCUCAAGCCUCCAAUGGAGCUUUGAGUUCUGCAUCCUUUAGGAGCACUCCAGCAGGAGUCAGUCCCUCUAAACUGGUCCCCUGCCCCAGCACUUUCUCUGAGACAAAGAGCUCCCCCUCCACAUUAUCUUCAUCAGCACUGCGGCCAGAACAGGCCCUGUCCUGUCACUCUGCACUUUCGGGGCGGCUGGCUACUUCACAGAAAGAAGCAACUGGUGGACCUGUGGGGGUCAGGUGGAAAAUGCCGGCUGCUGCAGCACCCCCCUGUGGCUCCUUGAUGAAACAGCGGCUGCUAGUGCAGCGCAUGCAAGACAUUCUGCUGGAUGAGGAGUGUGCCUUCUACACAUCUCGAACUCAGGACCAGCACCGCACUGCACCGCUCUGCAGAGACCUGCUCAACCCCCUGGCACGCACCUUCCACUUGCAGGAGGCCCUUCAUUUUGUCCCGAUCCUCCAGGCUGAAUUACCUGCAGCCCUUUCCUCAGCCAGCUGAGAGCCAUGUCUGCACUUCCAACAUGAUGCACUGGGGAGGGCUGGGGCCAGCUGAACCUCGCCCUGUCCACAGACUGCCAUAUAAUAAAAUGUAAUGUAACGUGUAAUGAAGCAGCCCUGUGUGGGGUAUGCAACACCUAGCACAGAAACCCUUUCUGAUUUACAGGAACUCUUGGGGUGAAAUAUUUCCUCAUCAGUAUUGCAGUGCGGUUUCUGAAUGAUGGUGAUUCUCAUUUUCGAUUACAGUGUUAGGCCUGUGACUAAGAGAUUGUUGCUACACUUCAAACAUCAUCCGUGUUUGUGUGUUAAAGCAAUCUUGGAGACCCAGUGCUUUCAGAUAUUCAAAUUUGAUACACAGCUAUUUUCAAUGAAGGAUAUAGGUUAUCUGAUGCACUGACUAAAUAUAAAACUCCACAUGCUGUUAAAUGGUGUAGUCGCAUAAUGCACACGCAAGGAAAGAGGGGCUUUUUUUUGGUGGUGUUUGUGCUUAAGUUUGAAGCACAGCUGUGUUGCAUGGGUUAUCCAGUUUGAUGAAGCACAGCUGUGUUGCAUGGGUUAUCCAGUUUGAUGAAUCACAGCUGUGUUGCAUGGGUUUUCCAGUUUGAUGAAGCACAGCUGUGUUGCAUGGGUUUUCCAGUUUGAUGAAGCACAGCUGUGUUGCAUGGGCUAUCCAGUUUGAUGAAGCACAGCUGUGUUGCAUGGGUUAUCCAGUUUGAUGAAGCACAGCUCUGUUGCAUGGGUUAUCCAGUUUGAUGAAGCACAGCUCUGUUGCAUGGGUUAUCCAGUUUGAUGAAGCACAGCUGUGUUGCAUGGGUUAUCCAGUUUGAUGAAGCACAGCUGUGUUGCAUGGGUUAUCCAGUUUGAUGAAGCACAGCUGUGUUGCAUGGGUUAUCCAGUUUGAAGCACAGCUGUGUUGCAUGGGUUAUCCAGUUUGAUGAAGCACAGCUCUGUUGCAUGGGUUAUCCAGUUUGAUGAAGCACAGCUCUGUUGCAUGGGUUAUCCAGUUUGAUGAAGCACAGCUGUGUUGCAUGGGUUAUCCAGUUUGAUGAAGCACAGCUGUGUUGCAUGGGUUAUCCAGUUUGAUGAAGCACAGCUCUGUUGCAUGGGUUAUCCAGUUUGAUGAAGCACAGCUGUGUUGCAUGGGUUAUCCAGUUUGAUGAAGCACAGCUCUGUUGCAUGGGUUUUCCAGUUUGAUGAAGCACAGCUGUGUUGCAUGGGUUUUCCAGUUUGAAGCACAGCUGUGUUGCAUGGGUUAUCCAGUUUGAUGAAGCACGUGUUGCAUGGGUUAUCUAUGCGAAUGCUGUUAUCUAUGGAGCUGGAAGCUCUUGUCUAGGUGUAGCUUGCUGUAUCCUCAAGUGAAUGGAUCUGCAAAUGACAGCAUCAUUGCUUUUUUAGAGACGACAGUGUUUGGGGUUUUGCUGCUCCAUUUUUUUGUUUCCCCGAAUCUGCUUUACCUGGAGAAUGCCAAGUACUAAGAAUUACAACCUUCAUCAAUUCUUUAAACUCUGUCAACUGCUCAUAUUUGCAGAGUAGGUGGGGCUAUGUCACAUGAUUUUAAUGGAAGACAGGCUGUUCACUUAGACUACUCACUUGGAAGGAUUACAACACCAUAAAAGCCAUUAAACAACAUAUGAAACUAUACUCUUUAAAAUGAGUUGUCUCACAUCCCUAAAACCACCUGAAUCAGGGUAGGGCUUGUGUACUCUGGUAAUUGCAUUUGACUGAUUUCUUUGCUGGUUCAGAGCCAUUGAUAUUAAUUGUCUCAGUGAUAGAAUUGGCUUCACCAUGCACUUUCUUGGAACAUUUUUAUUUUGCAUUCAAUUCUUCUUAAACGUUGACUUUAUUGAACAGCCCUCUUGUGGCCAAACGGUGCGUCCCAUUCUUUCCUUUGUAUCGUCCUCCACGUACCCUGGUUUCUGCAAUGCUCAGACAACGUUGUGAAUUGAAUUGCACUGCAUUUGGAGAAAUGUUUUUCCUUGGAUCAAGAUCUGGAUGCACUAUAAUUUGGAACAAUGCGAUUUACACAUUUACACAUUUACACAUUCUAUCGAUUUUUUUGGAUUUAAAUGAGAUCCGGUAAAAAAAAAUCAAAUACAGUUUUCAAGGGCAGGUUUCUCCGUGUAUUUAUUUUCAUUAUGCAAGUUGAUACCACUGACCACCUGCCUUGGCCAAAGCCUCCCCUCUUGUCACUAAUCAUGUGAUUGUCUUCUUCGUGUUUGUAACUAUUUUUAUGUACAGUAUUUUGAAAAUAAUAAAGUUUAUAAUGACAUUAUA